AUGGAGUCUGAAGGUAACAAUACCGAUAAUAAUGGUAUUGAAAAUCAAAGCACAACUAGUAGUAAUGAACAAAGUGUAAAUAGUAAUAAUAAUAAUAAUAAUAAUAAUAAUGAAACUAAAGCAACUACACCAUCGCCACCAACAGCAACCAAAGCAACAACUACACCAUCACCUGUAGUCUCACCAACAGCAUCUUCAUUGUUAUCAUCACCAACUAAUACAUCAUCUACAAAUGCAGCUUCUCCAUCAACUAUAGCAACAGCUUCACCAAACACUACAGCUUCUACUACAACAUCCACUACCUCUACUUCAACCUCAAAUGUAUCUCCAUCAACACAGCCAUCAGGACCAUUGGCUAUUUCAUCAUCAAUGCCAGCAGUUGGCAAAAGAUUGAAUGUUCAAAUUGAAACUUUAGAAAAUAGAAUUAAUAAUGAUAUGUAUGAUACAGAGGCAUGGACUUUACUUUUAAAUGAAGUACAAUCCCAGCCAAUUUCAAUUGCAAGAGAUAUUUACCAAAGAUUUUUAGCAGUUUUUCCAACAGCAGGUAGAUAUUGGAAAUUAUAUGUUGAACAAGAAAUGGCAGAGAAAAAUUAUGAAAUUGUAGAAAAAAUAUUUUUAGAAAAUUUAAGAAAUGUAAAGAAUGUCGAAUUUUGGAAAACUUAUAUUAACUAUAUAAAACAAGUAAAGAGUGACAGUAAUAAUAGAGAGGAAAUAAUUAAAGCAUUUGAAUUUGCAUUGGAAAGUGUUGGUAUGGAUAUUUCAUCAACAUCUAUUUGGACUGAUUACAUAGCGUUUUUAAAGGAAGAAAAAGCAACGACACCAUUUGAAGAAGGUCAAAAAAUGACAGGUAUUAGAAAACUUUAUCAACGUGCUAUAGAGAAUCCAAUGCACGACCUCGAUAACAUUUACAAGGAGUAUGAAGUUUAUGAAAACUCAAUUAAUAAAACAUUGGCAAAAGCAUUGUUAGCAGAUCAUCAAAAUCGAUAUCAACAUGCCCGUAAUGUUUAUCGUGAUAGAAAAGCUUUGCUCGAAGGUAUUCUUAGAAACAUGUUGGCAAAACCACCAAGAUCAUCAGAUAAAGAAGAACAUCAAGUAAGACUAUGGAGAAAGUUAAUUUCAUUUGAACGUUCAAACCCUCAAAAAUUUGAUCCAGUUGUUUUAAGAAAUCGUGUAGUUGCAACUUAUAAUCAAUGUUUACUUUGUUUGUAUCAUUAUCCCGAUAUUUGGUAUGAGGCUGCUACAUAUCAAGCCGAUAGUGGUAAUGUUGAUGGUUGUAUUUCAAUGUUUGACCGUGCCAUUCAAGCUUUACCAAAGAAUUUAUUUAUUCAUUUUGCUUAUGCUGACUUUUUAGAAUCUCAAAAAAAAACUCAACAAGCUAAAGAAAUUUAUGAAAAAAUCAUUACAAAUAAUCCUGAACCAUUAGUUUGGAUUCAAUAUAUGAAGUUUUCAAGAAGAACCGAGAGAGUUGAAGGACCAAGAAAGAUUUUUAAAAGAGCAAAAUCAACACCAGAAUGUACAUAUCAUGUUUAUAUUGCAUUGGGUUUAAUUGAGUACUAUAUUAAUCAAGAUACUAGAAUGGCAAGAGAUAUUUUUGAAAUUGGUUUAAAGAAAUUCCCAAAUGAAAUAGCAUUUAUUAAUUUUUAUAUCGAGUUUUUAACAAAUUUAAAUGAAGAAAAUAACACCAGAGUUUUAUUUGAAAAAUUAUUAUCAAACCAAGCUUUAGAAAAAUCUGAACCAUUAUGGAAAAAGUUUUUAGAUUUUGAAUAUAGACAAAAUCAAGACGUAGCAUCAAUAUUUAAAUUAGAGAAAAGAUAUCAAGUAUCAGUACCAAGUUCUGAUAAGACAGGUGUAUUACAAGCAUUAAAUAGAUAUAAGUUUUUAAAUCUUUGGAGUUGUCACCCAACCGAAAUUGAAAUCAUUACAAAGAAUAUUUUAGAGGAUCAUACAGGUACAGAUCAUCAUAAAGAUGUUGAUAGUAAAGAUGAUACAGGAGCAGAUGGCACAGCUAAAAGUAAACUUGGCAAAACAAGUAAAAAGGGUAAAAAUAAAGAGGCAAAGAAUCAACCAGUUGCUGCACCGGUUGAAACCAAAUCAACCUCUUCAACUAUUAUUCCAGUUUCUACUUGGAAAGUUAAAAGACCGGAUUUAACCCAAAUGAUACCCUACCGUAGUGAAAUUGGUAAAUUUACCCCAUCAUCAGUUAUCCCAUUAAAUCAACAACAACAGCAACAGCAACAACAACAAUUAUUACAACAACAAAGAGGAAACAUUCCAGAUUUUAUUGUAUUUUUCUUACAAAACCUACCAAAUGUAAACCAAUUUAAUGGUCCUUUUGUGGAUCCUGAUCAGUUAAUAAAUUUAAUUAGAGAUACCCCAUUACCAGGUAUGCAAAGUGGCUUUAAUCAACAACAGCAACAAGUAUUACAAAGACAACAACAAAUGAAUCAGCAAUCACAACAGCAGCAGCAACAACAGCCACCUUUAAGAGCAUCACCAACAAUAUCUCCUGAAAAUAUAAACCUUAACCCAACUACCAACGCUAAACCAUCGAAUAUACACAAAAGAAAACAAAUUGAAGAAUCUUCAUUGGAGGAUGUUAAUUCACCUUCAACUCUUCCAACAUCAAAUCCUUCCAAUCAGACCCCAAGUGCCUCUAAAGCUCCUUCAAAUGAUAUAUACAGAAAGCGACAAGCCAAUAAACUUUCUAAAAAGUCUUAA